AUGGACCUUAUGGAUGGCAUUUUGUCGACCAUGGACAAAAAUUCACCUUCCGCACAAUUUCGCAUUCCUAACAAGAUCAGAGAACCACCGCCAAAUAUCUUCAAACGAAAUCGUCAGCAAGAAAAUGAACCAUAUUCAGAUGUAAAAAGUGAGUUUGUAGUUCUUUUAGAAUAUUUUGAUUUGAUUUUUUUGCAGGAAACAAAUCCGCGGACACCUUCAGCACAAUCAAUUGUAUUGCUGUUCAAACGAAUAGUUAUGCACUGAAACGAGAAAAAAUGGUGGAAAAAGUGGAACGAUUGGAAAUUGAUAUUUAUGCAGUGUUGAAAAGUAACAAAACCAUUCGAUUAAAUGGUGAAAUUUUGGUUCACGGAGAGUAAGACUUUAAAAUUUGCUAAAUAUUCAUUUUCAUAUUUUAAUUUUCAAUUUUUUUUCAGCCUUGCCAUUCAAUGUCGUAAAUGGGGAUUGUGGAAUGUGUGGAAGUUGCUCAUUUCGCAAAACUCUUCUGAUUUAUUCUCCGGAAAAUCUUACAAAGAUGGAGCUUAUGAUUGUGGCUCGUCAAUUUAUUUUCCAGCUGGCACAUUUGUUGGUGGCGCUGUGGAGAAUGUUAGAUUGGAACGAGAAGACUUCGAUGAUAAAAAAUGGUCGCCGAUUGCAAAAAUGUUGAAGUCUGAAAUUCGCAGUUUGAAAAUUAGAAUAACUCGACCAAAACAAGAUUUGAUUUACACCCGUGGAGGUCAAAGUGUUGAAAAUGCAGCAGAAUUGACGCGUUUUCUUGAAACCCUCACCUCACAAAUCACAAUGGGCCGCGAUUAUUUUCAAUUCGGAAAUUCGACAUUCAAUAGAUCGAGCGAUGAAGAUAAACAUUGUCAAUUGGAUUCGGAUGGAAAAGAAAUCAAAACUGGUUUUGAGAAAAGUGUGAGAUUGGUGGCUGGUGUUGAUGUUGGAAAAUCGGAAUUUGUGAUGACAAUUGAUACACGACGAUGUCCAUUUUAUCAGGAAAUGAAUGUUGUUGAUAUGCUUCGAAUUAUUUAUAAUAUUUCUAUUUCUGAUGUUAUUAAACAAAUGAGAAGAGAUGGACCUUCUCAAACUUCCAAAAAACUUUGCGAUUUAAAAAGCGUCGCUGUUUAUCCGACGCAUUUAACGACCAAAAAAUUGAAUUUGUUCUUUAUUCAUGAUUUUUCGGAUCAAAAUGCAUUUGAGUAGGUUUAUUUUGAAAAUAUUUAAAAAAAAAAUACUGUUUCAAAAGUUGUUUUAUUGCAUUUUUAUUGAUUUUUCAUUCAAUUAUUGAAAAAUGGAAUUUUUAUUGGCAAAAAUAUUUGAAAAAAUCUGAAAGUACAUAAUUUUUGACACAAUUUAGUUUGGAUAAUUCUGAAAAUUCCAAAAAUUGGAAAUUUCCAAACUUAUAAAAUUCACUGUUUCAAAAGUUGCUCAAUUGAAUUUUUUCUGAUUUUUUAUUCAAUUGUUCGAUUGAGCGUGUAAAAUUUUUCUAUGCUAAAAUUCUGAAAUUUCAAUCUGAAGAUGUGGAUUUUGAUUUUUAGGUGUCAAAAAAAAUCGGAAAAAUUUACUGUUUCAAAAAAUUGUUCAAUUUCUUGAACGAAAAAAAUAGGAAAUUUCCAAAAUUAAUAAAGUUAACUGUUUCAAAAGUUGCUCAAUUUAAUUUUUCUUGAUUUUUUUUAUUCAAUCACUUGUGUGCUGAUAAUUUUUCUAUGCUAAAAUUAAUGCUGAAAAUUUCAAUCUGAAGAUUUUUUUUUAGAUGUCAAAAAAAUCGAAAAAAUUCACUGUUUCAAAAAAUUGUUUAAAGGGGGGUAAGACGACAAAAUUUUUUUGUCGCAAAGUUAAAGGCUCCCCAAAAGUAGUAAAACCUCCAAGGGAUUUUUUCUGGAAACGCUCAGAAAAAAUGUUCCAUAAACUAGGUACCACGUAUAGCUAUACGUUGAAAUUAUUCCAUAAACUUUCGGACAACGUAUAGCUAUACGUUGAAAAAGUUCAUGGAAUAUUUUUUUCGGACCUUUUAGGCCCUUCGAGAAAAAAUCCCCUGGGGCUUUUACUAUUCAAAGGGAGCCCGAUUCAUUGAGCAAAUAAAAUUUUGUCGUCUUACCCCCCCUUUAAUUGUUUUCUACGAAUUUUCUGUAUUGGACCAACAGAAAAAUUUGGCAAAAAAAUAAAAUAUUUGAAAAAAAAUCUGAAAGUACAUAAUUUUUGACACAAUUUAGUUUGGAUAAUUCUGAAAACUCCAAAAAUUGGAAAUUUCCAAACUUAUAAAAUUCACUGUUUCAAAAGUUGCUCAAUUGAAUUUUUCUGAUUUUUUAUUCAAUUGUUCGAUUGAGCGUGUAAAAUUUUUCUAUGCUAAAAUUCUGAAAUUUCAAUCUGAAGAUGUGGAUUUUGAUUUUUAGGUGUCAAAAAAAAUCGGAAAAAUUCACUGUUUCAAAAAAUUGUUCAAUUUCUUGAACGAAAAAAUAGGAAAUUUCCAAAAUUAAUAAAGUUAACUGUUUCAAAAGUUGCUCAAUUUAAUUUUUCUUGAUUUUUUUUAUUCAAUCACUUGUGUGCUGAUAAUUUUUCUAUGCUAAAAUUAAUGCUGAAAAUUUCAAUCUGAAGAUUUUUUUAGAUGUCAAAAAAAUCGAAAAAAUUCACUGUUUCAAAAAAUUGUUUAAUUGUUUUCUACGAAUUUUCUGUAUUGGACCAACAGAAAAAUUUGGCAAAAAAAUAAAAUAUUUGAAAAAAAAUCUGAAAGUACAUAAUUUUGACACACAUUUUGUUUGGAUAAUUCUGAAAAUUCCAAAAAUUGGAAAUUUCCAAACUUAUAAAAUUCACUGUUUCCAAAAUUGCUCAAUUGAAUUUUUCUUGAUUUUUCAUUCAAUAAUUCGUGUUUCAAUUUUUUCGAAAUUCUCUUCUAGUUGAAAAAUUGAUUUUUAUAAAAAACCGAGGAUUUUUUAAUGCUGAAAAUUUCAAUCUGAAGAUUUGGAUUUUGAUUUGUAGAUGUCAAAAAAAUCGAAAAAGUUCACUGUUUAAAAAAAUUGUUUAAUUGUUUUCUACGAAUUUUAUAUAUUGGAGUAGAGCAAAUAACUUUGAACGAAAAAAGUGAAGGAAUUUUUAUUGGCAAAAAUAUUUGAAAAAAAAAUCUGAAAGCACAUAAUUUUUGACACAAUUUUGUUUGGAUAAUUCUGAAAAUUCCAAUAAUUGGAAAUUUCCAAAUUUAUAAAAUUUACUGUUUCAAAAGUUGCUCAAUUGAAUUUUUCUUGAUUUUUUUCAUUCAACAAUGCAUGCCCUGCUUCAAAAUUCUCUUCUAGUUGAAAAAUGGAUUUUUUUUAAACCGAGAUUUUUGAUAAUUUCAAUCUGAAGAUGUGGAUUUUGAUUCUUAGAUGUAAAAAAAAAUCAAAAAAAUUCACUGUUUCAAAAAAUUGUUUAAUUGUUUUCUACGAAUUUUCUGUAUUAUAGUUGGACCAAACUUUGAACGAAAAAAAAAUAUAAUUUUUAUUGGCAAAAAAUUUAAUUUUGAGUAAAAAAAUCGGAAAGUACAUAAUUUUGACACACAUUUUGUUUGAAUAAUUCUGAAAAUUCCAAUAAUUGGAAAUUUCCAAACUCAUAAAAAAAAAUUCACUGUUUCAAAAAUCAUUCUUUUUCAGAUGCAAAUUUGCUGAUGAAUCUGGCAAGGAAAUGUCUGUUUACGAUUAUUUUUUGGACAAAUACCGCAUUCGAUUGAAAUAUCCGGAUUUGCCUCUGGCAAUUCAAAAAAUUGGAAAUCGUGUGCUUUGCUAUCCGUUGGAAAUUUUGAAAAUCGAAAGAGGACAAAGGGUCAAACAGAAUAAUAUCACAGCAGCAAUUGUAAGUUCAAUUUUCUUUUUUUUUUUUGCGAAAAAAACUGAAACAAAAAUAAUUUUUAGCAACAAUUUAUGACGGGAAAAAUGGCAAUGUUGCCGGCCAAACACAUCGAACUCGCUUCAAAAAUCCUCCAUGAAAUUUUGAAAAUCGAUGAAAAUCCAUUUUUGCAAGCUUUUGGUUUGGAAAUCACUCGAAAACCAGUUGAAAUGAUUGCAAAAAUCCUCCCGGCCCCAAUUAUUCAUUUUGCGAGAAAUUAUAAAGUUGAAAUCCAGACCGGUACCAUGAAACGACCGAUUAUUGAUUCAAAAGGUGGUGCAAGGUUUUUGAGAGGAGCCGAGUUGCGCGAAAUUUGGAUUAUCAAUUUUGAUGGAGUGAUUCGGAAUGAUGGUUGUAGGUCAGUACAGUUUUUCAGUUUUGAAGCAUUUUGAGCCCGAAUUCGACUAUUUUUGCUGAAAAAUCUGAAAAUUUGGAGCAUUUUGAGGUCAAAUUUGACUAGAAUUGCUUUUUGGUUGCAAAAUUUCGUUUUUGAGAGCCUAUAACUCAUGUUAGACAAGAUUUUAUUCAAAUUUUCAGCUAGAAAUCGUCUAAAUGUUCAGUCAAAAAGCAAUUCUAGUGAAAUUUGAGCUCAAAAUGCUCUAACUUUUCAGAUUUUCAGCUAGGAAUUGUCUGGAAAUGCUUAAAAAUCGAAAUUUUCAGUUAAAAAGCAAUUUCAGACAAAGUUAGGCUCGCAAUACUCUAAAUUUUCAAAAUUGUUCAGAAAAAUACGCAUUUUCAGCAAAAAUAAUUGAAUUUUUCAGCCGUUUGUCUAAUGCGAUCUCCGAUGCUUGCAAAAAUCAAAAUAUUCACAUUUCAAAACGAUCCGGAGUUUGGAAAAUGAUUGAUUGUGCUGAAUCGGAUCACCAGAAGCUCAGAAAUAUCAUGAGAGACGCGAAAAAUAAUGGAGUUUCGAUGAUAUUUGCCGUAACUCGCGAGCAACGUCCCGAUGUUCAUGAUUUCAUCAAAUUGUAUGAGGCACAAAUCGGUGUUCAAACCCAGCACAUCUCGUUCAGCACAUUCAGAAAAAUGACGGGGGAUUUUGGUGGAAGACAGGUUGGAUUACUAUUUUUUUUUAUUUACAUAAUUUUUUUGUGUUUUUUUUUCAGACAACUGAUAAUGUUAUAAGGAAGUUUAAUUUGAAAGGUGGUGGUUUGAAUUUCACAUUUUCGAUUCCACGACAAGUUCAAUCGAAACAAUUGUGCGAUAAUGAAAAGAGGUAAUUUAUUAUCAAAAAUCUCAUCGGUAACACGCGCUCCACCGAAAUAAACACGCAACGCAGACCGCGCCGCGCCACAACACACACACACAAAUAUCUAAGGGAACGAUUCAAAUUCCCUCCCUUUUUUGUGUGUUGUGGCGCGACGCGGUCUGCGUUGCGUGUGAAAAUGGAUUCGAGAUCAGCGGAUUCGCAAGUCUCUUAUUCCAGAGUUCACGACAUGUUAUUUGGCAACACAUUAUUCAUUGGUUUCGAAUUAUCACACGCCAGUGCCACGUGUCUUUUCGACCGUCAAAACAACAUUUCUUGCGGCGAGCCAUCAGUCGUCGGAUAUUCCUAUAGCUUAGGUGAUCCUUGUGAUUUGGGCGGAUAUUCAUACCUCCAAAAACCCCGGGAACACUCUCUCAUGUACAUUCAAAAACAUAUGUCGAUGAUUGUUUCGAAUUACGAAUUGGUGAAGAGAACUAUGCCAGAUAAGAUUGUUAUUUAUCGAAGUGGCGUUGGUGAAGGUGAUUUUGAACGGGUUGAAGAUGAGGUUCGAGAAAUGAAAAUGGUUUUUGAAAGGGAGCGAAAACAGGUUCCUGAAUUCUUGAUGAUUGUUGUAUCGAAAACAUCGCAUCUUCGAAUCUAUCCGCAAAAUUUAAGCAGAAACGGAACAUCUUUUGAGCAAAAUGUGCCUUCGGGAACUUGCCUAACUGCUGGAAUUACUCGAUAUGAUCGCGAUGAAUUUUAUUUGGUUAGCCAAAGCGCACUUAUCGUAAGUCACCAUUUUCUUAAAAUUUUCCAAAAAAGCUUUCUCACAGGGAACCAUCAGACCAGCUCGCUACAGCAUCAUUGUGAAUGAUCCAAAAUGGACGGUCAAUGAGAUUUCACAUAUGACGUAUUUCUUGGCAUUCGGCCAUCAAGUCAGUUUUCAACCACCGGCUGUUCCAAAUGUUCUUUAUGCCGCGGAAAAUAUGGCGAAACGAGGGAGAAACAAUUUUAUCGCGCAUCAGUGGGUUUUUGUUAGUCGCGUGCGGCUGUGCGUCGCGGUUGGGAAAUAAACGCGUUUUUUUGCAGAAAAUCAUUGAGACUCGAAAGAUUUGCCAAUAACAGAAAUGAUGUGAAAGAAGAUGCAAGCGGUGAAUUGAUCGAUAAUUUGUCAAAAAUGCUCAACGCGUGCGCGAUUCAAAAUAAAAAUUAUUGGGCGUAG